AUGAUUUUUCUUGCAAGUCUCUUCUUUGCUGCGACACAGUCCGCUUUUCACCAAUGUAAAUGUACCCCAGCUGACCUUUGCUGGCCUUCUAUUCCCACAUGGAGUGCCCUCAAUGCGUCUGUUGAUGGGCAACUCAUCGCUAAUCAACCCAUUGCCCAGCCAUGUUACCCCGGUCCUGGUCAGGACGUUCAGCUAUGUCAGGAAAUAAGUCAACAGUGGACUAAUUCCUCAUUCCAAGAGACUUCGCCAAUAGGAUAUACCUAUCCAGUGACUGAGGAAUGUCCCCCAAUCAAUGGCUCUGUAGCCGCCUACCCCCUGUGCCAGCUGGGUGCUGCUCCAGUGUACACUAUCAAUGCAACAAAGGCAGAACACGUUGCAGCAGGAGUGAUAUUUUCCAAAAUGAAUAACGUGCGACUCGUGGUCAAAAAUACAGGCCAUGAUAUUGUACAAAGAUCCCAAGGAUACGGCAGCCUCUCGAUAUGGGUCAAAUAUGUUCAGGAUGGGCUUCAGUAUUAUGAGAAUUAUUCAUCACCUAACAACUCUUGUCCAAGCAAUUGGACAGGAGGAGCAAUUACGGUUGGUGGUGGAUAUAUUUGGAAGGACGUAUAUGCCUUUGCAAGCGAACAUAACUCUAUUGUUGUUGGUGGCGAUGAUCGUACCGUUGGAGCUAUCGGAGGCUUCCUCCAGGGUGGUGGUCACGGCCCCGUGAGCCACGAAUUCGGAUUGGCAGCCGAUCAAGUCCUCGAGUACAAAGUUGUUUUAGCGUCAGGGCAGCUUGUCAAGGCAAACGCAUGUCAAUAUACAGACCUUUUUAUUGCCCUACGUGGAGGCGGUGGUGGUACCUUUGGUGUUGUCGUAUCGGCCACAAUUAAAGCACACCCAACCCGUCCGACCCUCGCGCAUACCUUAGCCAUGACUCCAUUAUAUGGCAACAUAACUGAUUUGCUCAAUGCCACCGGAGAUCUAUUAUCGAAGUAUCCUAUUAUCUCUGACCGUGGAUUCGGAGGCAAUGGAGAGUUACUUCAUAUGGAUGGAGAGACCCUAUACACCCAUACUUUUAUAAUGUUGCUUGAAAACAGCUCUUCUAUUUCCAUUGAGAGUGCAAAGCAGUUCAUGAAUACGCAAAUUCUAAAAAGCCUCCUUCCACUUAAUGGAAGCAAGCUUUCUAUCACCUCGUCCUUCAACUAUUAUUCGACUUUUCAAGAAUACAUGCUCACGGGGAAACAUCAAGCUGAGGCUGAAGACAGUCUCCUGAUGGUAUCACGCCUGUUCAACAAGGACUCCCUUAAUAUGAAGGAGGAAAACCUUAUCAAAAUGCUUGAGGUCCUAUUUAUCGAGACAGGCCAGGGUGCUCGGCCAGCCGGAUCUGGGCUUUCCCUGUGUCUCGUCGGGGGUGGAAAGGUCCUACAGCCAGAUCCAUAUACUUCCGUCAACCCUGCAUGGCGGAAGGCUUAUACUCUCCUAGCUCAUGUUGAUCUGUAUCCUUUGAAUGCAGGAUUAGAAGGAGUUCAGCAAGUGAGGGACAAGGCUACCUCCAAGAAGCUGAAAGUAAUGGAGGAAUUGACGCCUGGCAUGGGAACAUAUUUGAACGAGGCCGAUGGAUUUGAUCCACAGUGGAAGGAAAGCUGGUUUGGACACAAGUACGAUUGGCUCAAAACAGUGAAACAGCGAUAUGACCCAGAAGGUGUGUUUUGGUGUUGGAGAUGCGUCGGAAACGAAGAUUGGGAAGAGGUGAAAGGCGGCGCAACCUACGGACCACUAUGUACUAUUAAAUAA